AUGCCUUCUAUUUUGAACCUCGUUACCCGAUCUGACAUGCCUGCCGAUUCUGAUGGCUCAAACGACAACAUGAUCAACCUCAUGCUUGGCCUCCUCGGCCUUGUUUUCCUCGGCCUCAUUCUGGUCGCCAUCCUUUUCCUGUUCCGCCGCGCUCGUCGUCAGAAGCAGCAAACCAUCCAGUCCGAGGAGGAUGGUCUGCCUUCUUACUACGACAGCAACAGCAAGCGAUUCACCAACCACCGCGGCCUCACCAUCGAGACAACACAUAACGGUCGCUCCAGCGUCUUCGUCGUCAACCAGGACGGCCGUCCUAUGCUUGCCAACCCCAACUCACCUCCUUACUCCCCCGAUAACGUUCCCGAGAUUCACAUCACCUUCCCCGAUGAGAAGGACGAGCAAGGCCGACAGCAGAGCGGCCGUGUGCUCGUCGUCCGCGUUGGUGAUAACUCGACCGUCGGACUGGAACCCAUGAACGAGGAGCAACUGCCCGCCUACGAGAAGGAGGCCAAGGGCCAGUUCUACUCUAUCGACAUGGACCAAAUUGGCGGCCUCAAGGAGAAGGACCGUACUCAAUUCCAAUAA